GAAAGGGCUGUGCCGGCAGCCCCGGGGCGGGCCCGCGGCUGUUGGAGCGCUGGGCGGGCGGCGCGGUCCGGAGCGGGGCCAUGGCGGCGUACGUGCGGCUGGGCGCUGCGGGCAAGAUGCCUCUCCUGGGGCUGGGCACGUGGAAGUCCCCUCCAGGUAAGGUGGAAACCGCAGUGAUGGCUGCCAUUGAUGCUGGGUACCGCCACUUUGACUGUGCCUACGUGUACCAGAACGAGAAGGAAGUUGGGGAGGGGAUCCAGCAGAAAAUCAAGGAAGGUGUUGUGAAAAGAAGUGACCUCUUCAUUGUUAGUAAGCUGUGGUGUACAUUUCAUGACAAGUCUCUGGUGAAGGGAGCCUGCCAGAAGACUCUUGCAGAUCUGAAACUGGAUUACCUGGAUCUCUACCUCGUGCACUGGCCUUUUGGGUUCAAGGCAGGAGAGGAGCUGUUUCCUGUGGAUGACAAGGGCGUGUCUAUACCCAGCAACACAGAUCUUCUGCAGACGUGGGAGGCCAUGGAAGAGCUGGUGGAUGCUGGUCUGGUAAAAGCCAUAGGUAUCUCCAACUUUAACCGUGAGCAGACUGAAAGGAUCUUGAACAAGCCAGGGCUGAAGCACAAACCUGCAAAUAACCAGGUUGAGUCUCAUCCAUACCUUUCCCAGGAGAAGCUUAUCAAUUAUUGCCAGUCUAAAGGAAUCACUGUGACAGCAUACUGUCCCCUUGGACGCCCCGACAGUGAUAAACCAGAUAUGCCUUUGCUUCUGGAUAAUCCCAAAGUCAAAGAGAUAGCAGCCAAGCACAACAAAACCCCAGCACAGGUUCUCCUUCGCUUCCAGAUCCAGAGAAAUGUGGUUGUGAUUCCCAAGUCUGUCACACCACAGCGCAUUGUGGAGAACUCCCAGGUGUUUGACUUUGAAUUGACUAAGGAGGAAAUGGCAACUCUCCUCAGCUUGAACAGGAACUUCAGGAUCUGUGAAAUGGUCAUGUGCAAAAAUCAGAAGGAAUAUCCUUUCAAUGCAGAAUACUGAAGACAGUUUUAUCCUGCCCUCCUGCAGGUCUCUGGAGUCUAAUGAGCUUUUGUCACACUACAUGGCUUGCAUGUUGUAUCUCUCCUGCCAGAAAAGGCUUAGUAAAUACUCACUGAUUCUAGGUUUUCCUUUUUAUGGUGGAAGGGGAAAGAUUGAGAUUGUUCUCAAGAAUAAAAUAUGGGCAGUAAUAGUUCUCUCCUCAGUAGAUAAGUGUCUCUGUGUGGAUGAAAUAGAAAAGCAGAAAACACAAAGAAUCGACUAGCAACAGAUUGUUUUUAUCUUCUGUCUUGGAUCAACACCACUUAAGGCUGCAGGUAAGGGUGUGUCAGCACAGCAGCUCCAUCCUGAAAGAAUGACUGUAUCAACAAUUGUCCUGGGUCAGGGUGGAUCCCUGCCCUGGUAAACUCACUACAAACAUGGAGUUUGGGAAAGUCAGGAAAAAUAAAAUUGUAUUUCUUAUAGUUUAAAUGUAACAGUGUAAGGAGAAUAAACUACUACAGAAA